AUGUCAGAUUCCCAAGUCUCUCAUCAGCCUGACGGUAGCCCUGAGCUGGCAUCGUUUCCGUCGCCGCAGUACUCCGACUCCGACUCAAGCAGCGGUGGUGUUCCGGUUCCACCUGAAGAUCAGCAUGUGCAGCCAUUCCACCGUGCCCAGCUUCCACGCUCAAGCUCUGCGAGCUCUAUUAAUGGGCUAUUCGUGGCGCCUCUUACCGGUGUGGUCGGCCAGAAUGCUGAACCAUAUGCCAUGAACAAGCAGUUCCGCUCGUCGUUCGAACAGCCAGGUGCAGACUCAUCAUCAAAGGAUAUGAGCAAGCAGCAAAGGGGCUUUCAAGGACCCACCCCUCCAGAUGACGACGAAGAAACCCUCGAACAAUGGCUCGAGACUCAGUCGGUGUCCACCGAUACGCAGAGUGGAGGAGCUAUGCUUACAAACUCUGGUCCGGAACCAGUCAAUAUGGAAGUACGCGCGGUGAAAAGUACAUCACUACAGCCAGACUCGUCAGCUAUCACACCAAGAGAGAUCCAGCCACGCAAAACCAGUGGUAUCUCUACCGACCAUUCAGAAGUCCUCGCGGCCUGGUCGUCUUUUGCCACCCGAGCCCAAAGCGAAGAAUUCGACCAAUGUUCUGCCUUUCGUGCCAGAAAGCAUGGUCCAACUACCAACGAUGCAAGAUCCACGCAAGAGCCGCGACGACGGAUCGAAGAGACCUUCAUUCGGACAGUAAAAGGUGCCCAUCCAGGCGAAAGGAGAAAGGUCAUGAAGGAAAAACGAAUCAUUAUUGGAUAA